AUGACACAUCUGCCGGCGCGCUUUGCGUCGCUUCCGUUCUUUGCGGGGUCGCCGUUGACGGAGAUCGACGUGCACGACCUCUUCCUCACAUUUCCGCACCAAGAAGACCGGCUUCCGUUCCACCUCGUCCUCCUCGAAGGCGAUUUGCGCCUCAUUGCGCAGCUCGUCGCAUUCGAUCCGCAGCUCGUCACGCCCGAGAGCUUUCGGCUUGCGAUUGCGGCCGGGCAUCUCGUUGUCGCCCAAACGCUGCUGCACAUGAACCCGUCUGUGGUCGAGGUCACCUCAUUUGCGGAUCUUGACGCUGCCAACGAGGAUACGGCCGUCUGCGUCGCGGCCGCCAACGGCCGUCUCAAGAUUCUCCAAUGGCUGCACGCGUCGGGCCACGAGCUUGUCUGGCACGCGCUCGUCAUCGCCGCAACCAAUGGCCACGAAGACGUCGUCACUUACCUCCUCGGGCACGAGCUCUCGUCCGGGUCGCCCGACCAUGCCCCCGUGCAUUGGACGCCGUCACACCCGAUACAGAGCGCCUUGGCAUGCGCGCUAUGCAAUGGCCAUGCCGGCGUUGUGCUGCGACUCCUCCAAUACGGGCCCUGUACGCUUCAAGAACACCUGGAUAUGCCCUUUUUCAAGUGGUCGGUGGCGUCAGUGGUCGGUCGCCACCACGUUCAAGCGCUGCAGCACCUCCUCGACGCUAGCAUGGAUGUGAGCUCGCUCGAUGCCACGGCCGUCCACGAGAUCUUCUCGUGCGUAGAUUUCGAGCCCACGAUCGUGCUCGACGCGACCGAUGCUGAGAUCGAGGCUGUCGUGCGCGCGCUCCCAC